GAGAACAUUUUGGAUGGUUUGAAAAAGUUAGAAAUUAGAGUGAAAAAGAUUGUGCAAGAAUGUCGUUGAAAUCAAAAGUGCAGUAAACCCAUUUGCAGGCAUUUGUUGUAUUGGUAGAAAUAAUAAAUAAAGGGUGGACGAAUUCAAAAUCAACAAAUCUCCAGUCUCUGUUAUUUUCUUCCCCCCCAUUCCAGAACAAACACAAACAACACACGAUUCUAAACUUUCAUUGUCAAAGGAAUCGAACAGGCGCUGUUUGAACUUUCGUUUGUUUUCUUCUCCCCCCUCGAGGAAAUGGCAGCAUCAGUGCAGUGCAGGCCGCAGGAAAGGACUCUUGGGAUGGUGAUGAAAGAGGUGGAUGAAGAUCUUGCUAUUUUUCUUCAGAUGAGGCGCAGUGUAAAAGAGAGGGAGGAUCAUCAUAUUCAUUCUGGGAUCUUUGAGGAGUUUAAUGAUUCAUUGUUUGAAAACUCACCUGCAGAUUCAACUGCCAAAGAAAAUUUCCUGAGUUCUGAGAAUGACACAAGUGAUUAUGACUGGCUUGUUUCGCUGCCCCGGGCACCUUCAUAUCCCUCCCUGGAUGAGGAAGAGAACACUGUAGAGAAACAUCCCGAUUCAACUGAGUUAGAUUCUACGCCUGCUGAUUCCCCGAAGGAUCUAGCUUCACAAAACAGUUCGUCUAUAGGGGCAUUUACGUCCUCGGGGAAAAGUACUUCUUCGAGUAGCAUGAACUCGUCUUCUGCUGGAAAUGGAAGGACGGUAUCAUCAGGGGGGAGAAAAUCAACUGCUUCUAGAUCUGCAACGCCCAACGGGCGACCACGUGUGCCUUCCAUCUCAAAAAUGUCAAGACCUUCCACGCCUACUUCUCGAGCAUCGUUGCCUUCUGCUAAGACGAUUGCUGCUGCUCCUGGAAGAACUAGUUCGCGUUCUUCUACACCAGCUGCUAGACCUUCUGUUCCCGCCACGUCCAAGUCGGCUUCGAGGUCUGCAACGCCAACACGGAGGACACCAACCCCAUCCGCUUCUUCUGCCCGGUCUUCAUCCGUGGCCAAAACCGCUCCCACAAAGGCCAAGAAACCAGAAUCUGCCCGUGGUCUUUCUCCAACUGUGAAGUCUAGGCCAAGUUCAUCACAGGAUGCUCCCAAAAUUUCCCGAGCUCCAGUGAUGAAAAGGCCUGUUUCUGCCUCUAGGGGAAGGCCAAUUGCGCCUCAUGUUCGCCCAUCUACUACCAACACUGGUUCUGAUGGAAAACCAAGGCAUAGAUCAUGUUCUCCAUCUAAAGGCCAAAUCCCGAACAUUAGCAUUCAUAGCCAUUGGAGCGGUUCGCUUUCCAGGAGCCGAGGGUACAAUAAUGAUGAAGAUGAUGUGAACCCUGUACUGAUGGGGACAAAGAUGGUUGAAAGAGUAGUAAACAUGAGAAAACUUGCUCCCCCCAAGCCCGAUGACCAUCAAUCUAGCAGCAAAGACUCCUCCAAGAAGUCUUCCAUAUCUCAAAAGAGCUCAAGCUUCGGAACAUCCUUCUCUAAGAAGUCUCUGGACAUGGCUAUAAGACAUAUGGAAAUACGACGAAGCAGUGGUGGUAAUGCAAACCGAGCAAUGAAAAAGGGUUAUCCAGCAUCCUCGGCCAAUGGUGUUCAGGCAAACUGCAGCAGUAAGAGCAAAACAAGUAGCAAUGCCAGUCCCGAGCCCAGCAUCAACAAUGGCUGCCAUCAUGGCUACGAAAGUGAAGUGGAAGACAGUAAUUGUGGAAGCGAAAGAGGACAACCCUCUGAUCAUCUGCAGCCAUCAGAAAAGUAGCUUAUUGAAAUUGCAGAUCAGAUACACAUUUCUGCAGUAAGUUAUCGCUUGCCAGCAUAUUGCACUUGGAUUUCGUUUUUUACAAAAAUCCGGUUGUUACAUUCUUUGUACUCUCUGCGUGUGUUGUGCUACUGCUUCUGUAGCAAGAACUAGAUACAGCUUGUAAUUUAUAUGAUUUUUGUGAUAGAGAUUAUAAAAACUUGAACAUUAAUUAGCACAUUAAUGUUGAUAAAUUUGAUGUGUUAUUUUCUGGUAAUUU